CCCCAAACGACAUUGUAGGCCUUCUUCUUUAAUCUCACACCCCACCAUUUACAAAAUCCAUUAUCUCCAUUCUUAAACCCUACAGUGAAACUGAUCUUUCGUUCCUUAAUGAAAUCCAUUCAGAAAUAAACUGAAACUUGUUUCUGAUUCUCUGAAACAAUGAAGAACAAUCAAAACACAGUAGUUCCGCCAUUGAAGCUCUUCAAUGCCCCAUUCCAACCUUCAAAUCUCCUCUCUUUGAUCCUUUUCUUCGCUUUUGGUUUAUGCUUUGGCAUAGUACUCACUUUCCAACUAAAAAAUGUCUCCUUCGAUCUCUUGUUCAACGAAUUCCCUCUCUACACCACCACCAACACCACCGCCUUGCCACCGCCGCCGACACAGAACAUGAGGUUGGAGGAUUUCAUACACCCAUCGAAAAUCAUGCACCAGAUGACUGACCAAGAGUUGAUUUGGCGAGCAUCCAUGGUUCCUAAAGUGAGAAACUAUCCAUUCCACAGAACUCCGAAGGUGGCAUUCAUGUUCUUGACAAGAGGUCCGGUGUUGCUGUCGCCGUUGUGGGAACGAUUCUUCAAAGGGCAUAAUGGUCUUUUCAACAUCUACGUCCAUUGCUCCGAUUCAUUUUCCAACCGAACGGAACCCAAACACUCCGUUUUCCAUGGCCGGAGAAUCCCUAGUAAGGAAGUUCAAUGGGGAAAAGUCAACAUGGUCGAAGCCGAACGCCGAUUGCUAGCAAAUGCGCUUCUUGAUUUCUCCAACCAACGAUUUGUUCUUCUAUCAGAAGCAUGUAUUCCCUUAUUCAAUUUUUCAACAGUCUACUCAUACUUGAUCAACUCGAAUCAAACUUUUGUUGAGUCCUAUGAUUUAAUGGGCCCCGUUGGCCGAGGGCGCUACAGCCGAAAAAUGCAUCCUACCAUUAAACUCCAAGAGUGGAGAAAAGGGUCCCAAUGGUUUGAAAUGGAUCGUGAUUUAGCGUUGGAGGUGAUAUCAGAUAAAACGUAUUUUCCAGUUUUUCAAAAAUAUUGCAAUGGAUCUUGUUAUGCAGACGAGCAUUACUUGCCGACAUUUGUCUCCAAGAAAUUUGGAGCAAGGAACUCCAGACGGACGUUGACUUUUGUUGACUGGUCAAAAGGUGGACCCCACCCGACACGGUAUACGAGGUAUGAUGUGACAGUCCAGUUUUUGGAGAAGUUAAGGGGUGAUAGCCAUUGUGAGUAUAAUGGGAGGAAAAACCACGCAUGUCAUUUGUUUGCAAGAAAGUUUACUCCUCAUGCUUUGGACAGAUUAUUGAGAAUUGCACCGAAGAUGAUGCAGUUCAACCCAUAGGUCUUGAAAACACUUAUUUUUUUAAUUAUUAUCUUUUUUCAUUUUGCAUUACGUCAUUAUUUGUUUAUUUAUCUGGAAAAUCAUUUUAAAGAUGUAUAGAGGUUUGCAUACGAAAGGCAAAGUCUUUUUUAUCGAUAGAGUGGAG